AUGGGGUUAAAAAAACUCAAACAACGCAAGCUAAUAGCCAACUCGUCAAUAACUUCCUCCAACACACCAUUGAUCAAGGAGGAGAAAGAAGAAGUGCUAUUCGAUUAUGUAGAGAAGGAAAUUGAUGAAGAUUUAAUUUGUUCUAUUUGUUUACAUCCUUUCGUGGAUCCAAUUUCCCAUAAUUCAUGCGGAAAUACUUUCUGUGCCAAAUGUAUUGAGAAUGUAACGGUUUGUCCAUUGUGUAACGAAGGUGGAUUCAAGAAGAAUUGUGCAGCAAGUGCCAAAACUAUUCGAAACAUGUUGGAUAAAUUGAAAGUCAAGUGUGGCAUGUGUAAGAAUAUUGUAUUGAGAGGUGAGUUGAAAGACCAUCAAGAAAAGUACUGUCCACUCCAUGAAGCAUAUCAACAAGUCGAAGAAUUCAAGAGUAAAUUGGAAAGAGAACACCUGGAACGGAUGGCAGCAUUACAAACUGAAAAUGAACAAUUAUUGACUGUUUCAAAAGAUAGAUUGGCAUCCCUUGAACAACAAUUAAUAGACCAAUUUAGAAAGAAAGAAGAAUUAUUGGAAACUAGAAUGAACGAAUUUGAAAAUCAAGUAUUGGCAAGAGAAAAGCUCGAAAAUAGCAACAAACCAAUUCACUUGAAUGUGAGAGGAACUAUAAUGACAGUUUCGUUGGGAGAUUUCACCUCCAAUCAACAAGAACCUGAUAACUUGUUUAAGAAAAUGUUCAAUGGUGAAUAUCCAUGUUAUCAAACACCAGCUUCAAAACAGUUUGAUGAUCCAAUUUAUUUCAUUGAUUGUAAUCCAUUAAUUUUUUCACAUAUACUUGAUUAA